UUGACAUCUUCAUGUUUUGAAGUGUCUGCUCUAUAAUGUGACUUGACUCGACUCUUUUAUCUUCAUUUAAGUUAAUGACCGUUGUCUCUAAUUGACUGCAAAAAUGCCGUACGCAAAUCAACCCUCUGUUCAUAUAACAGAUCUGACCGACGAUAAUUGCAAAUUUUUCAUCGAGGACACUGAUUUGAGUGUUGCUAACAGCAUUCGCCGCGUCCUUAUUGCCGAAACCCCGACACUAGCAAUAGAUUGGGUUAAACUAGAAGCUAAUUCCACUGUAUUGAGUGACGAGUUCUUGGCACAUCGAAUAGGGCUCAUUCCACUCGUUUCGGAUGAGGUAGUACAACGUUUGCAGUAUCCCAGGGACUGCGUGUGUCCAGACUUUUGCCAGGAGUGCAGUGUGGAAUUUACAUUGGACGUUAAAUGUACCGAUGACCAAACACGCCACGUGACGACAGCAGAUUUCAAAUCCAGCGACCCCAGAGUCAUUCCAGCGACUUCCAAACAUCGAGACGACGAGUCGUCAGAGUAUGGGGAAAACGACGAGAUACUGUUGAUCAAGCUGCGUAAAGGACAGGAGCUCAAAGUUAGGGCGUUUGCGAAAAAGGGGUUCGGGAAGGAGCAUGCUAAGUGGAACCCCACUUGCGGCGUUGCCUUCGAAUAUGAUCCUGAUAAUGCCAUGAGACACACGCUCUUUCCCAAGCCGGAUGAGUGGCCAAAAAGCGAAUUCAGUGAACUGGACGAUGACCAAUUUGAGGCACCAUUCAAUUGGGAACUGAAGCCAAACAAAUUCUUCUUCAACGUAGAAGCUGCAGGGUUACUUAAGCCAGAGAAUAUUGUCACAAUGGGGGUUGCAAUGCUGAAAGAAAAAUUGUCUAACUUACAGACGCAGUUGAGUCACGAAUUGCAGAAUGAUGAACUUUCCAUUGCUAUUUAGACUAGAUAGAUGUUUAUAAAUUAUUAAGUUAAUAAAUUGGGUUUUAGAUAU